GUAUAUUUCUGAGGGUGUCACUGCCUAGCGCGCAUUUUUGUAAUUAACCCAAACAAGUUAAAGUUGGGAAAAAGUGUGGAAAAAAUGGAAGAUAAUUUUUCAUAUUGCACUCAAAUGCUCAAGGAACCACUGCAACUUGGAAAACGCGUUGGCUCUGGCUCACAAUUUGAGGUAGAACAGUCGCCAUUUGGGGCUGGCGAUGAUGAUUUUAAUGUCGACGAAAUGGAAGAUUGUGAUAACGCUCCAGAUGUUGAUGAAGAAGAGCUCGCUUCUCCAUCGACCCAAUCGUUCGAGGAACUCAAAAAAUUGAUGGAGCCGAUCAAUGAGAACAUUUUUAAGCGCAUCACACGUGAGGGCCCCCAGGGCCGAGGUCUGGUGCCAGACAAGGCACGUGUCGCUGUGCGCUAUAGUGGUUAUUGGGAAGGCGAGAGUUCUCCUUUUGAUUCCUCAUUGAUGCGCCGAACUAAAUUCUAUUUUGAGACCGGUGCAGGUUGCGAUGUGCUAGAAGGCCUCCAGGCUGCUGUACUUACCAUGCGCCCUUAUGAAAAAGCCGAAUUUAUUAUAUCCUAUAAGUUGCUAUUUCACGAGAUGGGCUGCCCGCCGCGCAUUAAACCACGUUCAGAUGGACUUUUCAAAAUCGAAGUUCUUCACUUCACAUUGAUCGGGGACUCAGAUGCCUUCGCGUCAAUGGCUGCUGUGGACCGGGACAAGUUUGCAAUAGUUUACCCCAAGGCAUUAGACAUGCACAUGCAUGGCAAGGACUGUGUGAAGCGCUUUCGCUACCGCAACGCCGUCACUGCCUUCGAGCGGGCCGUAAGCUCUCUAAACUAUUGCCGUCUAGCCAAUGAUGACGAUGAGCGCAAGCAAAUCGCUCUGUUGAUCACUCUCAAUCAAAACUUGAUGAUCUGCUACAAUAAAUUGCAUAAUCCCAAACGCGUGUGCAUUACGAUGAAAGCCUUGCGGCGUCUCACUGAAAAUAAGCCUUCCUGUAAGGCCCUCUACCAGGAAGGUUGCGCCCUGUCCGCCUUAGGCGAAUAUAAGGAUGCUCGGUGUAUAUUUAUGCAGGCUCAAGCCAAGCAGCCCGAUAACAAUGAGAUCAGUGCUAAGAUUACUGACCUGGACAAGAAAAUCAAAAAAUACAAAGAGGCAUCUCAGGACAUUUGGACUCGUGCGUUGUCAGGCCAGAAGUUUAAAGAAGUAAAGGAUGAAACCAAAUGUAAAUAACGGUGUCCCCUAUUGACGAGAAUGACUUGACGUUGUCCAAGCUAAAUCUGCACUGAUUCGGGCACUGUUUCCCAUGGAAGGAUUAAUCCAUUUAAAUAAACAACAGACAACCAAAUUCAAUAUUUUACAUUAGUUCUAGAAGAACUUAACGUUUAUGUUGUACAUACUGAAGAGUAUGAAAAUGAAAUGUGUUUUAUAAAUACGAGUACAAGAAUAUAUUUACUUUCUGUUGGUCAGAAAAUGUCAUCUGUUUUUGGAAUAUAUUUUGUUUUUAAGCUGAA